AUUUUUCGCAGAUGGAAAUAACUAAUUAUAAAAAAAGGGAGGGUCAAGAAAUACUUUGCACCGAUAUCUCAACGAAAAGUAACAAGAAAUAUAAGUGGCAAAAUUCAGAAUACACAAGAAUAUUUCUUGAAGCUUUGUCAACAUUACCUGAAUCGAGAAAACUUAUCAUCAGGAAGCUUGGAUUUGGUUCUAUUCUGACUUUCUCAUGCUUCAGCAAUGUUCAAGUCAUUUUUGAAUGGCUGAUCUCCCAGUUUGAUACAACAUCAGCAACUUUAUCGCUUGAAGAUGGGUUCAAUUUCACAUUAUGUUCUCAUUCGACACACAUGAUACUAGGAUUCCCUGCUGGUCCAAAAGCUGUAGUCAGAACCGAAUCAAUAGAAUGCUCAGAUUUCAUUAUGAAUAUUGUGAAAACAAAAUCUCCAACAGUAGAACAUUUAUGUUCUUUGCUGUCAACUGAUUUGAAUGAAGAUUCUUUCACUGUGAUUUUCAUGCUCUUACUACUUACUGCUUUUAUUGAUCCAAAUGCAUCUGGAGUUGCAAGCCCUGCAUAUUAUCCCAACUUGAAAGAUAUUUCUUCAAUCCCAAGCCUAGACUGGUGUUCUUUCACACUUGAUUGCCUGUUACGAGCUAUCAAGAAAUACCUGUUCAGGAAGAAGCAAAACAUAGAGUUGGAAUCUGGAGGUUGCAAGAUACUACUAGUGAUUUCAUACUUCGAGUUUCUAAUAACUUCAGAAUUCAACUUGGGCAACAGUGUUCCAAGGUUACCACUGUGGACAACCCAUGUCGUAAACUCAUACAUUGCUCUUGACUCACAACAAGGACAUAGCAAAGGAUUUGGGAGACUUGUUAGAAAGCAUAUAACAUCUACACCAUUCAAAGGAAGUAAACAGCAAAUUGAAAUGCCUUCUGAAAUAAAAGAUUACAUGGAACUUAAAUUUCAAAAAAUUGCUUUAUUUCAGUUCUCUGAAUUCCUUGAACAAUUUAAAGAAGGUUAG